UAGUGUCAGGAUUGGAAGACGGCAUUGAAAUGGAAGCUUACACUGUGACUGGUAGAAUAGGAGAAGGUGCCCAUGGAGUGGUCGUAAAAGCAAAACACAUUUUGACAGGGCGACCCGUAGCUCUGAAGAAAAUUCCUCUCAGGCGACUUGACCAAGGGAUGCCUGCUACAGCUCUUAGAGAAAUUAAGGCACUUCAACAAAUUCAAAGUGAAUACGUGGUGCAGCUGCUAGACGUGUUCGCAGACGGCACAGGUUUUGUGCUCGCCUUCGAACUGAUGCCAGGAGACCUGGGGGAAAUGAUCAGGGAUGCAACCCGUCCCCUGACCGAGGCUCAGGCCAAGACAUACAUGGUCAUGUUGAUAAAAGGCGUUGCCUUCCUCCAUCAAAAUAACAUCAUGCACAGGGAUCUGAAACCAGCAAAUUUACUCAUCAACGAAUACGGGAGGCUGAAAAUAGCCGACUUCGGGCUGUGCAGAAUAUUUUCGAAGAAGAGAAAGCGGCUCUACUCUCACCAGGUAGCGACGCGUUGGUACCGCGCGCCUGAGCUGCUGUACGGGGCACGGCAGUACACGGAGGGCGUCGACAUCUGGGCGGCGGGUUGUAUCUUCGGGGAACUCAUCAACAAGUCGCCUAUUUUUCCAGGUGACAGUGACAUCAACCAGCUGUUCGUAGUGCUGCAGGUGCUAGGCACGCCAUCUGAAGCCAACUGGCCAGGUCUUUCCCAGCUGCCUGACUACAAGAAGAUUACUUUCCCUGAGGCCAAACCUGUGCCACUAGAGAAGGUUCUACCCGACGCGUCUUCCGUAGCGCUGGAUCUACUGAAGCGGCUUCUAGUCUACCACGCCGCACACAGGCUCUCUGCACAGCGGGCACUUCAACAUGAGUACUUCUGGACGGCGCCCUUGCCGGCGCCAUUGUCGGAAAUGCCCCGGCCUCACCCGGACAAACUACCACCCCCCGCCUCCCGAGAGUACCCAACCCACCUUGAUUGGCAUGCCAUGAUGAGACCUGCCCACCAACUGCUAGCCACACUACAGCCCUAGCAGCACACUGCACUGGCAUGCCAUGGUUCGGCCUGCACACCAACAGCUCACCAAUCUAUCGCCCCCACCUACACAUGAUCAUAGCUGAAAUU